CAAGAGCUCAGGACAAUGGGCAUCACUCUGCACCUGCUGCUUCACUCAGACAGAGAUCCCAUCCCUGAUGUUCCAGCCAUCUACUUCGUCAUGCCCACAGAGGAGAACAUCGACAGGAUUGCCAGGUAGAUAGAGAGCAAGUGAUUGUUAUCGUGGUGUUUAGACCUGAGGAAUCAGCUGUACGAGUCGUACUUUCUGAACUUCAUCUCUGCCAUCAGCAGAAGUAAAUUGGAGGACAUCGCCAGCGCUGCUCUGGCUGCUAACGCCGUCACCCAAGUCACCAAGGUGUAUGAUCAGUAUCUGAACUUCAUCACUCUGGAAGACGACAUGUUCGUCCUCUGCCAUCAAAACAAGGAGCUCAUCUCGUACCACGCCAUCAACAGAGCAGACAUCCAGGACACAGACAUGGAGGCCAUCAUGGACACCAUCGUGGACAGUCUCUUCUGUUUCUUCGUCACUCUGGGUGCGGUGCCGAUCAUUCGCUGUCCCCGUGGAAACGCAGCAGAAAUGGUCGCCGUGAAGUUGGAUAAGAAGCUCCGUGAGAACCUGCGGGAUGCCAGAAACAGCCUCUUCACUGGAGAUAACAUGGCCGCCGGACAGUUCAGUUUCCAGAGGCCUCUGUUCGUCCUGGCGGAUCGUAACGUGGACAUGGCCACGCCCCUCCACCACACCUGGACCUAUCAGGCGCUGAUCCAUGACGUCCUGGACUUCCAGCUGAACAGGGUGGUGAUGGAGGAGGUGGCGGGGGCAGAGCCAUCUCCUGCUGGUGCCAGACCAAAGAAGAAGAACAGAAAGACCUACGACCUUACUGCUGUUGACAAGUUCUGGCAGAAACACAAGGGCAGUCCCUUCCCAGAGGUGGCAGAGUCAGUCCAGGAGGAGUUGGACACUUACAGAGCCCAGGAGGAUGAGGUCAAACGCCUGAAGAGCAUCAUGGGUUUAGAGGGAGAGGAUGAAGGAGCCAUCAGCAUGCUGUCGGACAACACAGCCAAGCUCACCUCUGCUGUCAGCUCUCUGCCUGAGCUGCUGGAGAAGAAAAGGCUGAUCGACCUGCACACCAACGUCGCCACAGCCGUCCUCGACCACAUCAAGAGUCGUAAACUGGAUGUUUACUUUGAGUAUGAAGAGAAACUGAUGAGCAAGUCGACUUUAGACAAAUCACUGCUGGACAUCAUCAGUGACCCAGAUGCCGGGACCCCAGAAGACAAAAUGAGACUUUUCCUCAUCUACUACAUCGCUGCUCAGCAGGCUCCAUCUGAGUCGGACUUGGAGCAGUAUAAGACGGCUCUGUUGGACGCAGGCUGCGACCUUUCACCUCUCAACUACAUCAAACAGUGGAAGGCAUUUACCAAGAUGGCCGCCACCCCAGCCAACUAUGGCAACAGUGGAGUCAAACCGAUGGGGCUGUUUUCCAGAGUGAUGAAUACCGGCUCCCAGUUCGUCAUGGAGGGAGUGAAGAACCUGGUGCUCAAACAGCAUAACCUUCCAGUCACUCGGAUCCUGGACAACCUGAUGGAGAUGAAGUCAAACCCUGAAACAGACGACUAUCGAUACUUCGAUCCAAAGAUGCUACGAGGCAGCGAGAGCUCCAUUCCCAGGAGCAAGAACCCAUUUCAGGAGGCCAUUGUCUUUGUGGUGGGAGGAGGAAACUACAUUGAGUACCAGAACCUGGUGGACUACGCUAAGUUUAAACAGGGGAAGAAAGUUGUUUACGGCUGCAGUGAACUCUUCAACGCUUCUCAGUUCAUCAAACAGCUCUCCCAACUUGGCCAAAAGUGACAUGGACACCAACAAUAUGUGAACCCCUCUCUCUCUCUCUCUCUCUCUCUCUCUCUCUCUCUCUCUCUCUCUCUCUCUCUCUCUCUCUCUCUC